GCUUCAUAAACAAUACUUCAUACUUCAUAACCGUAGCCAAAAAAACCAUAAUAUACAACACCUCACACUUUUCCAUAAUUUACAUCUACAAGUUUAUAAACUACCGAGGGAGAGUCAAGAGUUUCAUCGUUUUAUUCGGCUCGGUAGAUUAGUCUCUACACCGUUGUAUCGGAAGAAUAUCCGAUUUACAACGAUCCUAUUUUAUUGUGAGAUGAUGAAGAAUGCGGGAUUCGAGCAUGUUCUUAGAUAUUUUGAUGAAGAUGGUGAUAGAAAGGUUUCACCAACAGAGCUAAGACAUAAGCUAAGAGUAAUGGGAGAAGAGCUUUUGUUGAAAGAAGUUGAAAUGGCUAUUGAAGCAAUGGAUUCAGAUGGUGAUGGUUAUUUGAGUUUGGAGGAUUUGAUUUGUUUGAUGGAGGAAGGUGGAGAGGAACAAAAGUUGAAGGAUUUGAGAGAAGCAUUUGAGAUGUAUGAUAGUGAAAAUUGUGGUUUUAUAACUCCAAAGAGUUUGAAGAGGAUGCUUAAGAAGAUGGGGGAAUCUAAGUCAAUUGAUGAAUGUAAAGCUAUGAUUAAGCAUUUUGAUUUGAAUGGUGAUGGUUUGCUUAGCUUUGAUGAAUUCACAAUAAUGAUGCAGUGAUGUAGCUUGUUUUGAAUUUUGUAUAAUAUCCUUGUAGAGUUACGUUGAUUUCAUUGUUUUUUUGUUUUUUUUUUGUUAAUACAAAUUAAUAAAAUUCAUGUCUAUAAACUCCUUUUACGUUUUGUAAGACUUGAUGUAUUUUUUUGGUUGUAAGACUUUACUGUAUGAUGUCUAUUAGAUUUGUUUAUUUUUCCUUUUGAAAUAAAUACAAAAAAGAGUUCCCCCUUAUUUAAUAAGGAGAAUAA